UAUAAAAUUAAAAAACGACAAAUUUAUUUAAAACGUGCCCAUCAAAGCUUUUACACAAUUUUUUCGUUACAUCAAUGUCAUACACUUGUCAAUUAACUUUCUAAAUUAAUUUAAAUAACAGUUUAAAUUUUCAGCAUGAGUCGAAGAACAACUAUUUCUUCUGACAUUCCCAUGUUCUCAGAAGGUCUAUUGCACAGCAUUACAUCAUCUUAUACGAAAAAUUUGAAAAUGGGCAUUAGUUCCAUCAAUAGCAUUCAUCGAGCAAUAUCAAUGUCCAGAGUGUAUGGAGGACUUGGCCUUUUGUACUACGACAGACUAGAAAGCGAUUUGGAUAAAAUACUUCAGGUAGAUAUUAACACAACUAGAACCGAGACCAGAGGUACGGUCAAAGAAAGAAGUAUCAAACUGGCAUUAGAAAUGAGUGCUAGAGGAAUUAAGGAAAAAGACAUUAUUGUCAUUUGUAGUCAAAAUAAUGUCGAUGAAACAAUAGUAAUCUUGGCGUCAUUAUUUCUGGGUGCUAUAGUAGCACCACUUGAUCCGGAAGCAAGUUAUAAAGAAAAGGAAUUACUUAUCAAAAAAUUAAAGCCGAAAAUGUGCUUUGUGGAUUCACGAACUCUAACGUAUGUUCAACGAAUACUACAUAACAAUAAAUUGCGUGGAACUGCCAUUAACUUUAGUGUAGAGAGCAGUGGUAUAUCGGAGUUCAGUAAACUGCUUAACCACAAAGAAGACGAAAAAUUCCGACCAGUAAAUAUUGCAGAUCCUAAACGAACAGUUGCUUUCAUAUUACCAACACAAGGAACAACAGAUUUUCCAAAACUAGUUUGCGUUUCCCAUGAUAAUAUUCGGUUGCAGUGUUUAAUUUUCAUUGAAAUAUUUCCAGAUCUCAUUAACGUUUUAUCCUUUUUUCCUCUUUCUUGGUAUUUUCAUCUUGUAAUAAUUUGUGUGUGCUUAGAAUUUGUAGUGACUCUGAUUAUUCCACGGCCAUUCAACGAAAGGCAUGGCUGUAAAAUUAUUCAAGAUUUUAAUGUUGAAUGUAUUAUUAUUGGCACUGACUACGCUAUACGUCUAUUUCAUGGUUCAGCUGCUAAGGAUUUUAAUUUGAAUUGCUUGAAAUCAGUUUUGAUUGGCCUCAACAGUACAUUAAAGCACGAUAUGUUUUCACUAAAGCAAUCCAUGCCAAAGGUAAUGUUCGUAUCCAGCUAUUUUCUCGUAGAAACUGGGUGCAUAGCUGCAACAAAGACCAUAGACUACAAUUCGAUUAUUGCAGAAAGACCAAUGACUGUUGGAUCGGUAACUUUAAACUGCAAAGUUAAGAUAAUUGAUGUAAAGACUAAAGAAAUAUGUCCUCCAAGAAAGUACGGAGAAAUAUAUUAUACAGGAGACGGGCUUAUGCUCGGUUAUUUUAAAGAUCCAGAGAAAACAUUACAAUCAAGAGAAAAGGGAUAUUUCAGAACUGGAGACAUAGGUAUGUUUGACGAACUUGGCUGGUUAUACGUUUUGGGAAGAUUUGAAGAUAUGAUUGAAUUUGAUGAAUGGUCUUUGAGUCCCAUGGACAUUGAAGAAGUGAUCUUGCGACAUCCUGCCGUAAAAGAUGCAGUUGUUGUUGGAAACGCUAAAGAAGUUGUCGCACUGGUAAAAAAAUAUCCUGAUGCGAAAUUUGAGGAGUCCGACUUAACACGCUUUGGAUUGAAACAGUAUACUUCAGUUAAGAGUCCCGGUUCUGAGAAUCUGAGAAUCCUGGAGAGGUACAACCGCAUAUUGGUGAAUCAUUACCGUCAAAAUAUUGGCCAUCAAGAAUUAUCUUACAGGAUCACUUUCCCCGCACAACUGUAGGUUCGGUCAGAAGAAAAAAAAUAAGGGAAGAUCUUCUACAAGUUACUGUGCGUUAUAGUAGCAGCAUGUCAGUCGUAAGCGAACUUGCAACAAUAACUAAAAAAUAAUCAAAUUUUUAUUUCUUAUAUAUUAUAUUGGCAAUGAUAUAGUUUUGUGUAUAUUUCCAUUUUUGAAAAUAAUAUUGUUUGUAUCGGAUUAAUCCAAAUGAUUGUCACGAAAAUUACAUUUUAUAAUUAUU